AUGCGACAUUGUCAAAUGGCAGCCAUACUUCUUGGCGUAGCAUUUGGUGCGCUACCGUCUGCCUCGGCAUCAGUGCAGCUGUUCAUGACCCGAGGCGGACAGAGUAGUACGAGAUACGCUAGGUCCCCUGGACAAAAUAGUCUGCCAUCCGUGAACGGGCGAAGAGCGUCGCUUUUCGGAGAGAUGCAUGUGUUGCAGAAGCGCAUCAAUAUAAGUCUCAAUGGCUUGGAGUCGCCCAACAGUCAACACGCUGCGAUCAGGAGCGUGCUUGAGCAUUUCGCAGGCAAAGAGAAGCCUGAUUAUUUUCGCGUAAGUUGAGGCGAUUCUGCCUUUUGAACCGGGAGACACGCUGACUCACCUUGUAACAUGGCUGGUCCAUCGGCAUAGGUCACGCGCCGCUUCCGGAACACAGAGGAGACACCGGAGACUCACUUGCAGGGCGAGGCUUGGAAACGAGUUCCAUUCGACAAGCCCAUCCCGGGCACCAGGGGCUUUCACUACGUGCCUUUUCUUGAUGAGAAUGGCAGUGCGACGCAUACCGUCAAGCUAAACCAUGCUUUCACACAUAGGACUGGCCUGUAUUUCGAUGAGCAGGAAGCGGCCAUUAGGAAGUUGAGGGUGGCCGAACCUCAAAAAAAGCAGCUCGCCCUUGCUGCCUGGCUGAACCUUGAUCGGCCGGACGGGCAAGGCGGAUGGCACAAGGCGCCGAAUCCCAGACUUCCGGGCGGCCGUCAAAGAAAAGUCAAGGCUGUGCCAUUGUGUGGGAGCUAUGUGCAUGCACUGGGUAGAUGUAGAGACAAGACUGAGGCCCUACAGGAUCAGCAGACAGAAAUCCGCCAAUUGGUGCAUCCACGACCAAUAGAAGAGGUGGAGAGGGCUUUUUGGGAAAAGAAAGCUAGCGAAGGCAUCGUGAAGCCAGAGCGACAAAAAAAGAGGAGGGGCACCAAGCGUGAGCCUGACACUCUAAACAGAGUUUACAGGUUCACAGGGCAACACUCUCCAACCGGCAGUGCCGCGACGGUGCAGCACUUUGAGGACCAGCCUCAGCACGCACUGCAUCAGGUGCCGGAGCACGUGGAUGCCGUAGACGACGACCCAUUCAUCCGCGAGUUGAAGAGGAAAAAGACGCCGUCACCUCGCCCGAAGGCUAGUGUCAGGCCCACGAAAGAAGUCACGCCUCCUGACAUCCUCGCUGCCAAACCAUCGCACUCUGCGAAUGCCCAAGCUUGGCCGACACGUUUGCAACACCUCCCAGCGGGCCUCUGGAUGCAUCGCACACCUGCCACUUCCGCAUCGCCUCAGCACAGCAUUGGCUCGAUCGACCAACACGUUGCCUCUUCCUCAAGGCAUCCACAGGAGAGUGUCGCUUUUCCUCCUGGUUUUCAUCCAGCGUCGAAUGCGGCCCCACUUUCACACGACGUGGACCAUGGUGGCGUGCAUUUGCACCCGUCGCUGCACGACUCGAGAGGAGCGCGAAAUCACGACGUUCCUCCUGGAUUUGAACAACCACGACGCUCGCACGACUUUUCAAAUCCCCAUUCGAGUAUCGAGUCUCCGGAGUACGCACCACCAAGCCCGAGCUUCUUUUCGGGUUUGGAAAAGUACCUUGAUCCGCACAGGAGCUAG